AUCAGCGAUUUUCUCUCUCUCUAUAUACAUAUUCUCUCUGUAUGCAUGUAUAGCCACUGUGCUUCUUCAGAUUCUCUCUCUCUCUCUCUCUCUCGAUCUCGAUCUCGAUCGGUCACACAGUCUUUUUUUUCUUGGCUUCUGUUUGGACAUUUCUCACUUUUUUUUUUCCUUCAAAUCUCUGCAAAUUCAGCAACUUUUUCUUCACUGCAGAACCUUCUCAAUUCCUUUUCAAAACGUCAUCAUUUUCUUCGAAUUGUCCCUUUCAAUCUUUCUGAAUUCGAAACCCUAGCUCUUAAAUUCGCAGAUUCGACUUUCUUUUGUCUUGAUAUGGAGAAUCUUUGUUUCUGUUUCUGUUUCUGUUUCUAGUAAUAGGGUUUGUUAUUGGAUUGGUUUAUCAUUUGUUUGAGCUCAAAGGCAUGAAUUGAAGCUCGAUUUCUGGAGAUUUGAAGGUUUGAUUUAGGGUUUUUGUUAUAGAAAAGUGUGAAGAAAUGGAGAGGUACGAGCUUGUGAAGGAUAUAGGAUCUGGGAAUUUCGGUGUGGCGAGGCUUAUGAGGAAUAAGGAAACGAAAGAGCUCGUCGCCAUGAAAUACAUCGAAAGAGGGCAAAAGAUUGAUGAGAAUGUAGCAAGGGAGAUCAUAAAUCACAGAUCGCUUCGUCAUCCUAAUAUAAUUCGAUUCAAAGAGGUGGUUUUGACUCCAACCCAUCUUGCUAUUGUCAUGGAGUACGCGGCGGGUGGUGAGCUCUUCGAACGAAUCUGCAAUGCUGGAAGAUUCAGCGAAGAUGAGGCUAGAUACUUUUUCCAACAGCUUAUUUCAGGAGUCAGCUACUGUCACUCCAUGCAAAUAUGCCAUAGAGAUUUGAAGCUGGAGAAUACCCUGUUGGAUGGAAGCCCAGCACCAAGACUGAAAAUUUGUGAUUUUGGUUACUCCAAGUCAUCUCUACUGCAUUCGAGACCCAAAUCAACAGUUGGUACUCCAGCAUAUAUUGCACCGGAGGUUCUUUCUAGGAGAGAAUAUGAUGGCAAGUUAGCGGAUGUAUGGUCAUGUGGGGUGACCUUGUAUGUAAUGCUGGUUGGAGCAUAUCCCUUUGAAGAUCAAGAAGACCCCAAGAAUUUCAGGAAAACUAUUCAUCGAAUAAUGGCAGUUAAUUACAAGAUCCCUGACUAUGUUCAUAUAUCUCAAGAUUGUCGACACCUCCUUUCUCGUAUAUUUGUUGCUAAUUCAGCCAGGAGGAUCACUAUUAAGGAAAUUAAAAACCAUCCAUGGUUUCUGAAGAACUUGCCAAGGGAACUAACUGAAGCAGCUCAAGCCAUGUAUUACAGGAGAGAAAACCCGAGCUUUUCCCCCCAAACUGUGGAGGAGAUUAUGAAAAUCGUGGAAGAGGCUAGAACUCCUCCUCCGGUUUCCCGCUCGAUUGGAGGUUUUGGUUGGGGAGGGGAAGAAGAUGAAGGAAAGGAAGAAGAAGAAGACGAAGAAGCCGAGGAAGAAGAAGAUGAAGAAGACGAAUAUGAUAAGACAGUUAAGGAGGCACAUGCUAGUGGAGUUCAUCUCCCCAGAGAUGAUUGAUUUGAUGUGUUUUUAUUUGCUAGAGAAAAUUAGAGCCUUUUUAACUUUGGUAUCUCUGUUGUCAGUGUGUUUUCGUGGUUAUAGAGUCAGUUCAAACUGCUUAGGAAAUGGGCUUGAAUAAGAAAGUCUGUAAAUUUUAUAGUGUUUGUUUGUGUAAUGCUAUUAAUGUUGAACUUGAAAGUUGGGGUUUGAGUGGACAUGGUUACUCCUGUGAGAAGUCUGGUACACAAGGGUGUACUACCAUUCUCAAGGGCUGUGCAAAGAAUGUGGAAUUUAGGUUUGGGAGCUUUUUCUCCCUUGCGACUGCUAUGUAUGGAUGCCUUAUCCCUUAUUAGUAGCCAUAUUAAUAAAAUAUUUGUUUGUUUUGUA